AGAUGAUUGUCAAUAGUGUAAACAAGACCUUAGAUUUGGAAAAAGGGUCUCUAUCCAAAGCCCUAUUAGCGGCUGCUGGUUCAGAGGUGGCAGACGAAUGUCGACGGGAUCAUCCGUCAGGUGUAACUGAAGGAAAUGUCGUCGUCACUUCCGCCGGACAACUAAAGUGCAAGACAAUUUGUCAUGCAUGCCUCCCUCCCUACAAUCAGAGUGACAACGAUGUCUCAAAAUUGGAUAUACAAAGUAUUGUAAUUAAAUGUCUGGAAAAAGCCAAUGAAAACCAAUAUAAUUGUGUAGCCUUUCCGGCUCUUGGGACCCUCUACAAAAACUAUCCGGCGCAAAUUACAGCUGAGGGAAUGCUGAAAGGAGUCAACCAGUUUUCGAAAUCACACACCCAGUCGUCCUUAAAAAGAGUUAUCAUUGUAAUAUAUGGUGACCAACAUGCAGGAAUAUCAAAGGCGUUUGUUGAUGAGUCUGCCUCAUACCGAGGGGCGUGUUCUGGACCCGAGAGGGGAACCCAGGAGUUCUGUCGCCAACUGUACCACAGAGAACUCCAUCCUCCUGAAUACUGGACCGAGUUUACCUCGGAUAAAUCUGUUAAGUUUUGGAAGACCGAAUGCGACGAGGGUUAUCAUAAAUUGGUUGAUGUGGAUUCCUCCACACACAAAGCUGUGGAAAAACUUGUCCAAUCCACAUGGCAGUCUCAAAAAGUAGGUCAAGGCCGCGAUGCAAAAGGCUUGUCAGAAUUAAAGUACUCUAGCCUUAAAGUUUUGAAAGUACAAAGACUGGAAAAUAUUGACGUCUAUGAAAACUACUCCCAUUUUCGAGCACGACUUUUCCACAAAGCUGGUGACAUCGGCAUAUUUGAACAAUUGUCUUCUAUUUCGCAAAGUACAGGAGACAUUGCAACAACCAAGAGUCUGAAAGAGGACUCUAUUCUUAAAAAAGAAUUGUAUCCUGAAACUAGAGACGAGCUCGUUAUUGGAUCAAUGUGA